GCGGGAAGAGCGGAGGAUCCGCUGGUGCAGCAUGUCAUCCUGAGGAAGGACUUGACCAAGAAACCUCUCUCUUGGCCCGCUGGAAGCAUGAUCGCGCAGGCUUGCCAUGUAGUCUCUAAGACCCUCUGGGAGAUGAAGGACCACGCCAAUGUUCAGCAUCAUACAGAGAGUUACAUGUGCUCACGGGGCGCCAAGGUGACUCUGUCGGUUGAAAGUGAGGAGGAGCUUCUAGGAGUCAGCAAAACCCUCCAAGACAAUGGGAUCGAGCAUCGCGUUUGGAAGGAACAACCCGAGGGAAUCCUCACUGCCAUUGCCACCAUCCCCUACCCCAAGUCUGUCACGGUGAACUUC